AUGGCUGAGGAUAUCGACGUCASGAGCCAUUACGGCAUCCAAAAUCCCUUUCCAGACCAAUGGCCCGCUGAACUGGAUGAGGGCGACGUUUCCGAAACCGACGAUGUUGCGACAGGGGCUGGUCCCAAAUCAAACAGACGGUCGACGAGAUAUUCAGCGCUUGCUGGAAUUAACAGUAGGAACUUGAGAACGGGCUCCGUUCGAGGAGAUAAUGUUUCUGUCAAGGAUGAGCCGGAUCCGCUGGGUUCUUCCGACAGUGUGAUGUAUAUCCUCAAGCAGAAACGUAUACCGGUGGACGAAGACCCCCGCCUCCGAAACCGAUUCCUACUAUCGUCGACCUCGUUUUCACCCGCUCUUUUCCUGGCCCAGGCGCAUCAAAAUGCGUCUACCGACUCACUUCUGGAAGGUCUUGAAUUUCUUUCGCGAUCCAUAGAUCAAAAAUCGGCUUCGUUGAAGGUGCUCGUGGAAGCCAAUUUCGAACGUUUCGUGCGCGCAAAGGCCACUAUUGACAGCGUAUAUACCGAAAUGCGGGAUCAAGGAGCAGCCAAAGCCAGGCCUCAGUCUCAUCGUGCAAGUGCCCAAUAUCGUUAUUCGCUUAACGGAGCCGCACCACCAGCCCCAGCCCCAGCCGCGAAGAAGACUGCCCUGACAAAGGAGGCCGAAUACGGAGUGAAAGGCAUCCGGACACCGCUGGUUGAAGCAUCUGUCAAAGCAGAAGAAUUAUGGGGUCCUGCGCUGGGGGGACGAGACCGCGAACAGAAUCUUUAUGCACUGGUAAAUGCGGUUGAGAGGAACCGAGCAGUGUAUGAAGUUGGAGGCAAUAUUGCUAGGGCAAUUAAACAACGAGACUAUCAGACAGUCUUUGACGAAUAUCGCCGCGCCAAGACUCUCAGAAAUGAGGCUAGACAGCUAGCAGAUCGUGCGACAACAAGCGGACGGCAAUUGACAGAUCAAGAGAGUCAUACAAUGUUAGCGACUGGACGAAUGUGGGUGGACGUUGAACAGCAGGUUGAGGCAUUCAAGCGAGACUUAUGGCAUCGCCUAAGUGAUGUCAACACUUCGUCCUCUCACAUGACUGCAGCAGGACCGGUUGAAGAGCAUAUGGAGCUUAUCGGUGCGCUCCUGGAACUUGGUGUCGAGGAUAAUCCUGUAUGGAUUUGGCUUCUUAGCCGUUACGACCUACUUAAGACGAGUAUUGUAGCAUUCUGCGAGCGCUCCAGUGUCGAAAUUGAAAUCCUCAGACGACGACUCGCACUAGGAGAAAAGCCUAGCACUCAGGUCAUGACAACAUUUUUGCGGGUAACCUCACGCGAUGGAGCAGAAUCGCAGGAUAGACUCGACACUGAUCAAAUCAUUGAGUUGUGGGAAUGCAUUCAUACAUAUCUUACAAAGCUUCUUUCGAUGCAAAGCGGCUUGCUCGGCGAAGUUACGGAUUUCUGGGAAACCGCCCAGUCUUUCAUCAACGGAAGCAAACAGAAGAUGCUCCCUGCGGGUUUCGAAGGCGAAAGCCGAAAACACCAUCGUCUUUCCAGUGACGGCGUUAGACAGCUACAGGAGGGUAUUAUUGAGCUUGUCGAUUUGAUUCGAAAGAGUGUUCUAUCUCUUUUUGUUGACCCCCCACCAGAAGAUAUUUCUCUUCUCGCCUCACCCAUACCACCAAGCCCUAGCACCCCUAUUAGCCGUAUCACACCCACAGAAUCUCGCUUCAAACUCGAUCCUAAGAACCUGCCUCCUCCAUCACCUAGACGUGGUGAAGCAUGGGAAGAGUUUGCAUUCUGGCCUCCAUAUUCCAACUCCUUGAGUAGUGUUCACUACUUGAGCAAGUUCCUGAUUCUUAUUGGUACAGCCGCGAGUGAUAUGUCGGCAAUGUCUCCAAUAGAGACAGGAAGCACUUCUUAUGACCGAUUGAAGAACCUUGUCAGUUUUGCUCGCGAGAGAUGCGUAAGGGCUGCUUGCGCUGCAUGGAACAAAGAUGCCGAAAAUUGCAAAAUGCUCGAAGAUUGGACUCGAGACCCGGAAAGACGGGAACUCACGAAGAUGCCGGGAUUCUUCGUUGCAUUCGAGAGCAGUGUGCUAUCUGGAAUGCAGAAGAUCUUGUAUAUUUCAGAAGCGAUGAGCAAGGCUGGGUCAGUCGAUGUCGUCACGCCGCCUCCAGCCAAGUUGCUGCAGAUGGUGCGAACGCAAUUUGUAACGAGUGUCUACAAAGCUCUUAGCGGUCUCGUGGAAAAUGCUGAGCGACCGGUUAAAAUGGGCGAUGAAGAAGACUGGACUUUGAAACCUACUGUUCCGGUGAGGAGCAUUGACGCCGCCUCUAGCAUUAUCACCACGGACAAUGUGGACGCAAGAAACAGAAAUAUACGAAUGCUGUUGACACUAUCAAAUCUCAAGGCACUUCAAAUCGAUUUUGUGCCUCAGCUAGUGUCCAAUUUCGAGACAGCAUUCUCAGUAAAACUGACUGAUGAAGCAAACACUAUUCGAGACGUGCUCGGCCAGAUCGACGAUAGACUGUUCCAGUCAUAUACAAAUCAGACAAGCGCAGCCUUACAUAGCGUGAUUCAAGAGGGCAUCACAGCCGCCGACUGGGUUCCCACCACAAGCCGUCCGGAGCAAGUGAAGCCAUACGUAUACACAACAAUGCUGACGCUUGUGCUUGUUCAUACUGAAAUCACUACAACCAUUCCCGUCCAACCAGGAACAUCCCUCCCUUCGACAUCCUCAUCCUCGGCUCAGGCAAACCCGCUGCUGACCAGCGUUCUUACGUACCUUGUUACCAAGAUCUCCACCUCAUUACUUACGGCAUUCCAAUCACGCCCCAAGUACACACUUCCUGCACUUAUGCAGGCCACUCUCGACACGGAGUUCAUAGCUCAGACAAUGGCGCAAUACGUCACCGAAGAGGCGUCCUCGAUCCAGAGUCAGAUUUAUCUCGAGCUCGACCGACGGACAAACAACGAGGCUCGGACAAAGUUGCAAGCUGAACUGGGCGAGAUGAGGGGUAUUUUGAAGAAGUUGCGGGAGCAUACCAAGGGCGAAUUUGCAUGCUUUAGGAAAGUGAGAUCUGGAGUUAAGGGCACUACACAUACCUGA